AUGGCCGUUACUCGGACCGAGCCGGUGCGGUCGGACCGCUCAUUAAGUCGUCUCCCUCCCUCUCACUCUGCUCUCACUCUGCUCCCCGGCCCGCACUCAUCUCUCUCUCUCGCUCUCACUCUCCUCUCCUCUCUGCUCUUGGACGCCGGCGGCGACUUGCGCUGUGGAAGCUCCACCGCCGCCAUGCCUUCCUGGAAUGACGGGGAUACGAGCUCAGAGGAUGAGUGCGACAUCACAAGCAUGGUCAUGGCUCUUUGGGAGACCCCUGACACCACCGUGGAGCCUCUUUUCUGUGGCCAGCUGGAGCUUUCUGAACCCACCUGCAUGAUGCACCACAUGAGGCCAAUUAAGUGUGUGGCAUUUGAAGGAACCUUAACUGGAAGGCGUUUCUAUGGUUGUCCAGUGCCGCAGAGUGAAGGUGUUAACUGUGGUGUUACUGAGUGGGUUGACAAGCCCUGGCAUCCAAUUCUUCAGAAUUGCUUGUCCAGGCUGUGGGACAUGUACCAUGAACAGAAUUGUGGCAGGGUAGUUGAUAAGCAGAAGUAUGAGAAGCAUUUGGCCAAGCUUAAGACUGAAAAUGACAAGCUGUGCAUUGAGUACACAAAGCUUGUCCAAGAUGUAUCCAAGAUGUUUGAUUGGCAGGAUGGUAGGGUAGACCACAUGGAUUACCAGAAGGCAGUUGAGGAGGAAGAAUUUGAGAAGAAGAAGAAAGAGGUAGAAGAGAGUGCUAGGUUGGAGGUUCAGAUGGAGAAGCUCAAACUUGCCAAGGAACAAAGGUGCAUUUUACAGAGUCAAGCUGACAUUAUCAAGAAUACCAGGAAGGCAAAAAAGGAGGUUGAACAGGAGAGAGAUUUGCUUAAGAUAGAGAAGGCCAAGCUUGAGCAUGUGGUGAAUGAGCUGCUGAAGGAUGGGCAUGCAAGCAAGGAGAAACUUGAGAAAAUCAAGGCCAUCCUUGAUUCAUGA